AUGGCGGCGGCGGGUCCGGCCUCGGUGCCGGGGCGGCUCCCGGCUCGUCCCCGGCCUGGCCCCGCUCGGUUCCGGGGCUGCUUGGCCGGGGCGUUGUUGGGAGAUUGUCUGGGAGCUGUUUUCGAAGGCAGGAGCGUCGUGAAGCUGCCGGAGCUGCUGAGUUUCCUCAAAGGGCUGGAACCGGCGCCGCCUGAGGAGGGAGGGGAGGCGGCGGGGAGCGCACGUGGAGAGUCGCUGCCGUACACGGAUGACACGGCCAUGAGCAGGUCUGUGGUGCAGUCACUGCUGGCCAGGCAGGAGUUCGAUGAGGUUGACAUGGCCAAGAGGUUUGCUGAGGAGUACAAGAAGGAGCCCAAUAGGGGCUAUGGGAUGGCUGUGGUCAAUGUCUUCAAGAAGCUCCUGAGCCCCAAGUGCAACGAUGUGUUUGAGCCUGCGAAAGCCCAGUUCAAUGGGAAGGGCUCCUACGGGAAUGGUGGGGCCAUGAGGGUGGCUGGCAUCUCCCUCGUCUACUCUGACAUCCAGGAUGUCAAGAAGUUUGCGAAGCUGAGCGCGGAGCUGACCCAUGCCAACUCCCUGGGCUACAAUGGGGCCAUCCUGCAGGCCCUGGCUGUGCACCUGGCACUGCAGGAAGGGCUCAGCAGGGAAACCUUCCUGGAGCAACUCAUCAGCCACAUGGAGCACGUGGAGGCAGAUGACAAGUCUCUCAGUGAUGCCCGAGCGCUGGGGUUUGAAGAUUUACCAUUUUCCAGGCGUCUAAAGAAAAUCAAGGAAUUUUUGGAGCUCAGCAGUGUUCCCAAAGCAGAUGUAUUGUUUGAGUUGGGCAAUGGCAUCGCUGCACUGCGCUCUGUCCCCACUGCCAUUUACUCCUUCCUGCGCUGCAUGGACGCUGAUCCUGACAUUCCUGACCACUACAAUGCCCUGCAGAGAACCAUCAUCUACUGCAUCUCCCUGGGGGGGGACACAGACACCAUUGCCACCAUGGCGGGGGCCAUCGCCGGCGCCUAUUACGGGGAGGAGCAGGUGCCCCCAAGCUGGGAGCAGAGCUGUGAGGCUUUCCAAGAGACCCAGAGGAUGGCCAAGAGCCUCUAUGAACUCUACUGCCAGCGGCUCUGAGCUUCUGGGCAGCUCCAGGGCUUUCCUGAAGACGAAGGGAUGGUCAGCUCUGCUUCUCUGGUCAGACCCAGUGGUUGAUCCACACCAUCGGCUGAUGCCAGCGAGCCUCACCUGGGAACAGUGCCUGCUGCUGUCAGCUGGGAGCCAGAGCCAGCUGGGAAAAGAAGGGACAUCCCCUUCAGUCACAGAUCAUCUGGGAAGUGGCUGCACUUGGACAGUGGGUGCAGCUCCCUGAGUGUACACGAGUGUCUCAUUUUCUAUAGGGUUUCUGCUUUGUCCACCACUGUGCCAUUUGUCAUUGCAGUUAUUGGCAGGUGUCUUGAAUCUGUGGACUUUCUCCAUUUUCCUCUGCUCCUGUGUCCAUGGGCUGUGUUCUGGUGGUCAGUGACUUGUCCAGUGGCUUUGGGAGUCUCCACACCCCUGGUACAGCAGGUCAUUCUCAGCUGGCCAGAUAAGGGAUGUCACAGGAGACACCAGAGAGGCCUGGUGGCCCAGGUUGUCACCUGUGCUGAGUUAGGAUAAUGGAGCGCAGAUUUCCAGGGAGGUUUGUUGCCUUAAAGGCAGAAUGAGAAGGGCUGGAGAAUGGAGAAGGGAUUUCUUUACAUUGCUGUGGCUCAGUGAGAGACCUUUGAUGCCUGCAGAAAAUCCCAGCUGGCUCACUGUUCCUGCUGGGAGAGGGUGUCACUAAUUGCUGCUCCUCCUGUGUCCCUGACCCUGUAAUCCAACAGGCACCUGCUGCACUUUGUGUCCCCUUGCACAGCUGCUGUCACACUGCUACAUCCACUCUGGCUGCUCCUGUAUUCCUAAUCCAUGCAUCCUGUAUUUUUAAAGUCCUGUAUAUGCCCAGAGCACCAAGUGAGAUUCCUGUUUAAAUCACAGAAUACCCCAAAAUGAAAUGACCCACAAGGAUCAUGAGAGUCCAUUUCCUGUGGAGUGCAGAUCUGGGAGUUGUAGUAGUACAGGUAUAGAAUGCCUGGCUCUGCUGCAGUCAGUCACAAAAGUGACUUGAGCAGGAUGCUGGAGUUAACUUAUCACAGUCUCAGCCUCAGUACUUAGUAAAAAUUGCCCCAAAAUUAAUGGGAAAGGUGGGUUAACUGGGGACAUUGUUAUUUGCAAGAAGCUGGUACUGGUGGCCAAGAACAUUCUAGCACAGCUGUGUUCCAGAAUUUAAAACCUUUUCCUAAUUGAGCUGGUCAGAGGGAGAAACAGCUUAAGAAUGGCACAUCUAGAAAGAGUUGGAAGCUUUUAAUAACUGAAAACAAAAAGUCAUCAUAUGGAAAUGUUUAUAACCUUAAAUGUGACAGUGUAACUCUUGUUAUUUCUCCAGCAUGUCUUGUGACACCGGGAAGUGGCCAUGGUGCUCCCUGGUGGUGUCAGCACGUGGUGGCUGUCAGGCUGCAUGCACAUGUGGGAAUCUGGCUGCCACAGGUCCUUCCAGUUUUCCCUGUAGUUUUUCUCAAGUGCCAGUCUUUUGUGUGAUGCUAUAAUGAGUUUUCCUUGUAUAAAUGGAUUCUUGUCCUGGGAAUGUGGAAUUUUGGUCUGUUGUAUAUUUUUGUAUUGUGCUGCAGCUGUAAAAUACCAGGUUUUCCACAUUAUUCUGCCAGAAGGGCAGCUGGAUUCAUGUAAUUAUUUAAAAGAAGAUAUUUUUCUUUUAAAGCAGCUUUAUAAUUUUAAAUGUUUGGAACUUCUGACAAGCAAAGAGCUCCUGUUUAAAGACUUGAGCUCUUUGGGCAUGAAUUUGGAUGUGUAUAAAACCCUUUAGUUUCCCUGGAAAGAAGUAAAGUCCUCAGUUAUCUUUGUUAAGUAGGCACUGCUCCUGUAUUUUCACUCAAGUCAUGAAGUUGUACAUCCUCAGUGCCAAGAGGACCAGGAGUGGUUCUUGGUACAAGGGUGAAUUGACACUUGGCAUUGCAGGGAGGGCCUUUGGAAAGGCCCCUUUUCCUUCUUAGCCUGUGGAAGGAAUUCAGGUGCUGGAAUCCAGCCUCUGAUGAUGGUGCAGAGACCAGGGAAUUCACUGGGAGCUUCAAGAAUGGCAGCAGGAGGAUGGCUUACUUCUUGGAAGGAGCUUUUGAAGGUGCCUGUGUGUCAGCCAAGCUUGCCUGGAAAUGUUUGGCCUCUGCCAGGUGAGAUCAGGUGGGAAAACAUUUUCUUCUCUUUGGACUGUGAGUCUGUGAAGGUGCUUUGCAGGUGAUUCAGCAGUCCUGAGUGUUCCUGACUUGCUCAGGAUGGAGGCUGGCUGUGCACAAUGUGUGUGAUGUAGGAUAAAAAAUCAUGGGAAAAAGCCACACGAAAUGUUAAGGGAAUCUCUUAAGGCUUCAACUUGAAUCCCUCAAAUUAAUAAUCACCAGGCUGGAAGGAUCUGGGUUUCAACCUUUUCUAAAACUGAAUUUCUGGAGAUGGGAGUCUUCCUUAAUCACAAGAAACAUGCAGUAGCCAUUAGGGAAUCUGCUGGGAAUGGGUGAGAUGAUUUGAGGUGGAAAUAGAGUGUAAGAGAACUGUAUGAGGCACAACAAGUCCCAGCAUAAAGCACAGCUGAGCCCACCUCUAUACAAUAAGUUUUAUUGAUGUUUGUCAAUACAAUCAAGUACUGCAGUUUUAGUUGUGAAGAGCAGGUCAGUUUUGGGUCACAAAGAGUGCAUUUUAAACCAACUUUUACUAGGACAGUGCAUGUAAUAAGUAUUUACAAAACUAAAAACCUCUAUAUACUAGGUUAGAAAUGAAGAUACUAGAGGCAAAUUUAAAAAAAAUAGUAAGAAUUUGUAUAUAAAAAUGCACAUUGUAAUGCAGUUUUCAGCAUUAAAAAUAGUCAUACCUCAUCCAACCCAACCUUUUUUAUUCUUGUGAUUGAAACCAAAAUCCCACACGCUCACACACACGACAGAAAACAGUCCUUUCUGCUGGCUAAUAUGUACUCAGUAUUCCAGAAAAAAGUCCUGGAGAGUGAACAGCCUCCCUCAUCCUGUGCAUCGUUUUGUUUUUUUUUUUUUUUUUAGCCUAACUAUGUGCGUGUAAUAUCUUUGCUUUCCAUUAGUGUGUAAAUGUAAGAGGUUAAAUAGCUGCAGGGGGUGAUUAUGGGUUCGCUCUGCACGUGAAGGAAAAGUGGAAUUACAAAACAGUAUCUACAGCACAAACUUAAUCUGGGGGUGGCUACAGUGAGGAGUUUGGUCGUUGCUUUUUGCCAGCUUGAACAAGAAGUUUAGAAUGAAGCAGAACAGAACAAGAAGAGAUGGGCUGUAGAUUAGGCACAGUAUAAAUAAGUUGCUUUGAGGAGCAGGAUGAAGCUCCCACCAGGCGUGGCAGCUCCUGGCCCUGCAUGGGGCUGGACCAGCUCAAAUCCCUCUGUUCUCCACAGGAAAGGAGACAAGUCCCCUCCCAGCA